AUGUCGUUCUCGCCGUCCGCAUCCGGUGCCGGCAUGGCGGCUGCUGGGUCCUCGAGGCCCGUCUCCGACCUACCGCAAUCCCAAAUCGACGCGAUAAUCCGAACGAAACGAAAGGCGCGUGAACCGAAGGCCUGUUAUCCAUGCCAUGCGCGAAAGGUCAAGUGCGAUCGCAAUCUGCCGUGCGACGGCUGCGUCAAACGCGACCAUGCCGAUCUGUGCUCCUACGAACGUCCGUCGAAGAAACGCAUCUCGACGUCUAGCUCGGUGCCUCCUACCGCCGCAACAUACGAUAGCCCCGUCGGAGGUGCAACGCCUAAUACAGCGGAUCAAGCUGGGAUGGCUGGUCUAUCCGAAGGUGGCGUACGCUUGAAGCAAGAGCAAGCUGACACAACCCGUCCCGCACGACUGGGACACGGCGGUCGCAUAUCAGUGGCGCGUGAGGAGUGGGAUAAUGUCCGCACGAGACUUAAGGAAAUGGAACGUACGAUUAGCAAUCUUCGUGUUGGGCUUGAAAAGGCGGAGGAAGCACAGGCUUCGACUAUGGAAACUAGCAGUGUGCAAAGUGGGGAUCCAAGUAACCGGUCCAAAGCCGCAUCCCCGGAACGAGAGGGUAUCCAUGCGGCCAAUACCCUCGGCGAAGGGACUGUUCACUUGGGUUCGCGUUCUGUGCUCGCAUACAUUCUGAACAACAAGUCGGGGUCGGAUCAGCUUCAGGCGCUCCUGGAGGGAGGGAUCUUACCCAAGUUGGGCCUCGACAAUGAGUCCGCGACGUACCCGUUUGUCGAUUUGUGGUCGUCGGAUAUGUCCACCUUUGAUAUCAGUGCCGUCUGCAGUGCGCUUCCGAGUGAUCAACAGUGUAAAGAGUUCUUCUACUUUUAUCGCGACAUAGCAGGCGCUAUCUACCCUGUUAUCGAAGACACGGCACUCUUUGAAAUGAACCUUAAUCUCAUGCUGCAAAAUAGAGCUUCAAAUGGUGGCGCAUACAGGGCCGAUGACGCUCAAGCACAGAAGCCGUUUGGCAUAUCCAUCGCGUUUCUAGGCCUGCUGUUUGCUGUUCUGGCAUCUGGUUGCCAAUCGUCGGAUUUAGCGGGUAAGGAAAGAGAACUGACUUCUCAAGUUUAUGUAUGCUGCUCCUAUCAAUGUCUUCGAAUGACCAACUUCCUGUCGCAACCCACGAUAGAAGCCAUUCAAACACUUCUCGUUAUUGGGAAUGUAUUAUCAUACAAUAUGAACCCCGGCAUUUCUUAUGUUCUGCUUGGUAUGACGCUGCGAAUGGGACUAGCACUCGGCCUUCAUGUCGAAACCAGCCGUUUCUCACCAGUAGAGAGGUAUCGUCGACGGCACGUUUGGUGGUCUAUGGCGUGGCAAGAUAGCCAUUUUUCUCUUUCCUACGACCGACCAUCAACGACGGCUAUCUGUCAGCCCGACAUAGCGUCUCGUGGAGACUCGAAGCCAGGAGAUCUUUGCUACUUCGAAACCCUGUGCCGGAUCAUCGCCCUUGCCCUGGAGGUUGUCCGCAGCCGGAUGCUCAACCCCCACUCGCAGAUGAGCUUCAAGACCAUCCAGACCUACAAAGAACGGAUUCAACAGAUCCUGGUGGAAGCCAAAUCGUAUUUAAGAGACCGGAGCUACUGCGUCUCAUCGACAGAUCAUCUUGAGCGCGUCGUGCUCAAGCUACAUUCUUCCUACUUUUCCUCGGAGCUCUGCCGGCCAGCGCUCAAAGCCAACGCUGAGGUCCAUGACCCGGCUACAUCCAGCAUGCGCGCCGAUUGCAUCAGCAGCCUAAUGACCACAGUGGAAGCCUAUAUCGAGAUGCACUCCAUCAGCUCUCACGCCUCGCGUUCCUGGAUCGCGUUACAGCGCGCCAUCAGCUCGAUCUUCCUACUAGCCGUCACUGAUGAUUCCAAGACGAAUCCCCGCUUUUGGGCUCUAUUACAACAGAUCAAGAUGAUUAUCGCCGAGCGCGCCAACACAGAAUGCACAUACGAGUCUGUUGACGGAGUUCCCACUGCCGCCACCGCAGCUCCACCCGGCACAGCAGGCACCAGUCCCACGAACAUCUCCGCCUCUCCGGCGUCUGUCGCCGUCGCCGCCGAUAUGCAGACCCAAUGGGCCAAACCAUUGACUAAGACGCUUCGCGCGCUAGAGAAGCUAGAAACAGCAUUCAGCUACCAGAAGAAUGUCUCCGGAUCACCCGCGUACUUGAAUCCCAGCUCUGCAGCCAUGAGUAGUACUUCUCUGGUGGCUGCCAUGACACCACCCAUGGGGUCCCUCCCUCCGCCGACGCCGGAGAGCUCGACUAGCGGGGAGUGGUCGAUUCCUAACAUCCUAGAUCGCGCGGCGGAGUAUAUUCAUCCCCCGUUGUGGAGUUAA